AUGCGCAGAUGGUAUGACACAUCUGAAGAAGAGAUGUAUGCUUACAUGGCAAUAUUGUUAUACGCUGGUGCUGAAAAAGCCUACGGGGUGGAAGCGAAGGAUCUUUUCGAUCAAACCAAUAUGCCAUUCUACCGCGCAGUGAUGUCUUUAGAAAGAUUCGAACAAAUACGACGUUUUAUUCGUUUUGAUGACGGAAGAACUAGAGUGUUUCGUCUACAAACUGAUAAAAUGGCUGCGUUUAGGUAUAUUUGGAAUUUGUUUCAGGAGAACCUAGUUGAGUUCUACGAACCAUCAAAAGAGCUUACAGUUGAUGAACAAUUGGUCGGCUCAAGAGGAAGAUACCCUUUCAAAAUGUUUAUGCCAAACAAGCCUGGAAAAUAUGGAAUACAAAUUUUCUGGAUAGUCGACGCUGUAAACAGCUAUCCUCUUCAGGGUGAAAUUUAUGUUGGCCAGCAACCAUCUGAUAAUCGUGCCGAUGGUAUAACUCAUCGGCAUGUAAUGCGAUUAGCUAAAAGAUAUUUAGGCAAAGGUUAUAACAUAACAAUAGAUAACUAUUUUACAUCAGUACCAUUACUCUUGGAACUGAUGAGCAAAAACACAACAACAAUUGGUACUAUAAAGUCCAAUAAGAAGCAAUUGCCAAAGCAGUUUACACCUUCGGAUAAAAUUUUCUAG